AAGUAUCAUAUGAUUAUCAUAUGAGCACUCAUAUGAUUGCUCAUAUGCUAAUCAUAUGAUUAUUUUCAGCCAGGUGGAGCUUUUACGGAGCACCACACAUGUUAAUCAUGCCAGAAUUUAUAACGUUCUGGCCUUAAUCCAUCAUGUUUCUUGAUAACGGUGUAGCUUCACUCUAUUCAUACGGAGUGUGUAAGGACACUGACAAGAUUUUUUAUCGUGUAAAAGUUUAUAUUUCUACAUUUUUUAAUGAAGCUCCAUAAGAGCCCUGUGUAUUUCGGAGACUUUCUGGCCGCCAUCUUUAUUAACCUUCAAGCGCGUGAACUGAGCGCACGAACCAAGUUUAAAGUCCCAAUAGCAAUAGCGAGAGCCGCGGAAAUCAAAAAGUGCUUCAGCCGAUUUAACAAUUAUUUAUGGAUACGAUAACUACUAGUAGCACUUGGACUACAGCUCUGAAGGCUUUCUCCAACUGGAGAAGUUAUGGGACACUGUAUAUAGAGGCACUGGCAAACGAAUCGCUGUCUACCUCUUUACACACAAAAAUUGCGUGAGAAAAACUACUAAAAACAUACAUAUAUGACGAUAAACAUUCGACCAGAAUAGUAAACUUUCUACAAGAAGUAAAGUAAACCUUCUACGACAAUCUUCAACGUCUAUGCCAUUUUUUUGAUUUAUGGUGGCCCACAGGCUCUCCUACUGACGCUUGUCAUAAUGCUUUUUGUGCGCGAAGUGUGCACAGCUAAAGGUAAAGUAAGUAUUUCUAAGGUAAGGUUAACAAUGAAAUGCGCAAAAAAGAAGAAGCGAUCACUUUCCGACUUUCUACGAAUAAGUUGUGCAUGCUACACUUUAUGGAGAAGGUCUAUAAGGAGACUGUAUACUAUAAAAUUACAAGUACCCUGGUAGAAAAUUGACCCUAUUUCUGGGCAAAAUUUGUUGUCAAAUUUAUUAAAAAUCAAGUAGUAUCAGAAAUUCGUUUCGAUCUGCCUGAGUUUGAAACCGGGAAAAAAAAUAUCGCUCAGUUCGCAAUGAUAGCGACUCGUUGAUUAAGGAUCUCGGGGAUGAACUUGUCGGUUUCUUCAAUGAAGAUGUAGAUUUUGCAAUGUCAUCGGGGGUUUUAUAUAGACCUGGAAUCUCGGUCACGUCUAUAAAGUGUUCGGAGCGGAGCGGUAGAUCGACUGGAAGAAGAACGAGCAGUGCUUAAGAUCGUCCUAUAUAUAGUCUUCUUCCCUAGAUCACACGUCUGAUGGGGGCCAUGUGGAUCGCGGGAGAUGUACGUGUGACCGUCUCGCGUCCAGAGGGGCCUGACGUGUGACCUGGCGAUCCGAGGGAUGGGCCGCCGGGCCUACGUAACACGUAACUCAGCGCAUGCACGUGUUUUCGAACUUGGCUUGCCGCGCAGUCCACUCCGCGUAUUGACUAUUACUAUGUGAAGCGACACGAAGAGUCUGAGGUAAUUAAAUCUGAAAGAGUGUUUGAAGUCAUGAGCCAAGUCGACAGAGGAAAAUAUACGGACCCUGACGAUGCUUAUAUCGAUUCACCGCAAUGUAUUGGGUAUGGUGCAAUAAUUAGCGCACCACAUAUGCACGGUUACGCGUUGGAAUUCCUCGCAGACAAGUUACAGGAAGGCAGUAGAGCAUUAGACGUUGGAUUUGGUUCUGGCUAUUUAACUGUAUGUAUGGCAUUGAUGGUUGGUCCUAACGGUGUUGCUGUGGGUAUAGAGCUUGUGCCCGAGCUUAGAGAUCAAGCUAGAAAGAAUAUUCAAAGUGAUCAUCCAGAGUUAUUGGAAAGUAACCAACUUGAAUUGAUAGUUGGUGAUGGUAGACUAGGCUACCUAGAAAAAGGACCAUACGAUGUUAUUCAUGUAGGAGCAGCAUCAACAGAAUUACCAAAAAAACUUAUUAAUCAACUAGCUCCUGGGGGCCGUAUGAUCGUACCAAUUGGAAAGACGAACUCUGACCCAAAAUUAUAUCAAAUAGAUAAAAAUAUGGAGAAUAAAAUUAAGAAAACGCCGUUAAUGGAAGUUAUCUGUGGUCCACUAUGUGAUACACCUUAUAAAUGUGUGAAAUAAAU